AUGGCUUAUCUCAUACUACCGCCAGAGUACCUUCCACAGUUACAAACGGCCAUAAACUGGCUUAUGUCGUUCACACCACUGAUAAGUUACGGCUCAACUAUAAUAGGAAUCCAAAGGGACAAGUCGUCCGCCGGGUUUUCCAUGGACAUAUGUUGUACGAUGUUGAUCGCCAGCGUUCUCCGAAUAUUCUUCUUCAUUUCCGAUCCUUUUGAAAUCUCCUUGCUGAGACAAUGUUUCACGAUGAUUUUUAUUCAGGUGAUUUUGCUACGGACGGCACUAAAGUUCCGGUCCUUGGAGUUUGAUGAGCUCGAUGAAUACCCAUCUGCCGUUCCGGACAUCAUCGACCGGGCCGAUAAAUCGGUGAAAUAUCUCCAAAGCAAAUUUGAUUCGUUGUCGGGUUCGUCUGGUAUUCAAGAAAUGGUACUCAACUUCUUUGAUUUUGUUUUCAUCGCAAUCAGAGAGUUCGUCUCUUGCGUCGGUUACAUUCUUUCGUGUGUUUUCGGGCGUUUUCUGAGCUUUUUCAACGGAAUAUACAAAAGACCCUUCAAGUUCUGGCAAUGGAGAUCCGAGUCAACGUAUUGGAAGUUCUUAUUGGGGUUUGUGGCGGUAGUCGCAGUGUUGGAAGCGAUAUUCUGGAAGAACGAGACCUUCGGAAUGAUUCUUGGAUCGUGUUCCUUUAUGGUGGAAUCUUCUUUGCCUCUGCCACAGAUCCUUCUGUUCAACAGACUAAAAAGUGUGGAAGGCUUCAGGACGAUUUUGCUAUUGAGUUGGCUUGGAGGAGAUUUGACCAAGAUCAGUUAUUUGUUGUAUGGCACCAAUAACAUCUCCACCAUCUUCGUGAUCGCGGCGUUCUUCCAGAUGAGUUUGAACCUGGUGAUUACAUAUCAGUUCUUCCAUUAUAGAAAGCUGGGAUACCCAAAAGCUGAGGCAAAUAGACAGAGGAGCAAUAGUGUCAGGUUUCACGAAGAUACAGAGUUGGCACAACUUUAA